AUGAAAGUGCUGAGUCCUGUUGUGACAGGGUACAAGUAUCAUCACUACACUCUCAGUGCACCUUCUCCUCUCCCUGACACACUCCCUCUGUCUGGUGUGAAACAGAGCUCGGGUCCUCCAGGCGGUCUGAAGGCCAACAGUUCUGUGCAGCAUCUGGGGCCUGCUGGGGACAAAGCCAUACCAGCACGGCCAAUCCAAACCGCUGCAUUGCCUGGGCCCUGA